AGUGACAUUUGAGAAAGACAACGCUCAUGUAGCCCUUCUUCCGCAGAUGUCGAGAUGCAUAGGGCACGUACAAAAACUGCGCCGCACUGAUCUGAUCAACGCUUUCUCCUUCUCUGCUCCUCUGUCGGACAGGGCUCAGCAGAGAAAGUGUACUCCUUUGACGGCCUGCUUAGUUAAAGGGACGAUGCUGCGAUGUCACGCCUCGCAGAGUUAAAUCCAUCUAUUUUGUCGACAUAUCACAAAGAAGUGUCUGGCUAUUGCUUGGCGAUACCUAACCGGUGAGAUGAUCGACUGUAAUUAACAUCGGAUCACAGCUGCGCAUUUGACGGAUUCCUGAUGAGUGUUGAGGGAUUAGAGAAGGCAAUAACUAUCCGGAAACGACAGCCGUGUGUUUGUAUUCUCUAGGCAGCUAACCACGCUUCAAACACUUCCUAAAUUGCCAUGGGCAAUUUCAGAUUGACCUUAAAUACAAUGGACUAGUUUUUGAAACUGAAUUGAGAUUAAGCUGCAGUGACAUUGUAAUUGCCUUAGUCCAGUGCAACCUUGGUGGUUAGAAUUGCGCAUUGAAAGAGGCAGAGUAAUUAUUUGUUUCAGUCAGUUUGACAUUCAUUCAGAAAUAUGUUAUAGAAAAUGAAUGGAAGAUUCCUCUUUGAACAAUACCCAUGCUGGAUAACUGCGUCAGUGCAUAUGAGCGUUGCAGGUAGGCUAAGCGCGCUCCCACUGGUGGGAAAGGACCAUGUUGAACGUUGUCUCUGAAUGUCACCGGUAAGUGCUUAUACUGGGUAUGGAUUCAGGGGACGACACUAACUCCGAUUCGCCACAGGGAGCUACAUUCUCAUCGGUGCCCAAUUUAGACUCCGGCAGAAAUACGAACAUUCAUAUAUAUGAGAAUGGGGCAGACCGGAAUAUGGACAACAUUGAGAAUGCUUCGCUGCGGGGUGCAAGCGACCCCAGCGCUUAUCCCUCUUCGGAUUACCGGGGCAUGGUCCGCCAGAGGUUCAUUCGCCGAAAUUUGUGGUUUUCAGACACAGAUGACCAAGUCCUGGAUUCACCAGAAUGUGUCAACAGCAAUCCAGUGUUCAGCAUACACUUGCGUACCAUCGUGGACCGAACUCGAACCAGGGCACUCGGUCCACGCGUGGGUUUCCAGCAGACCUCAAGCUCCGAGAGUCAUGUGGAACAAAAGGACAGUGCCACGGAAAGUGCGAACGCGGACGAGGAGAAAGAGAGGAGUGAGACCGAUCAGAAGUCAGCUUCGGCCUCUGAUAUCACGGGUAAAGCGGGCAGUGAUGAGAACGAGGAGGAUGCCGGGAUAAAGGCUGUGUCCACCUCACCCGGGGGGCGCUUUCUGAAGUUCGACAUUGAGCUCGGCAGAGGGUCCUUCAAAACGGUUUAUAAAGGCCUUGAUACUGAUACCUGGGUUGAAGUAGCCUGGUGUGAACUUCAGGAGCGUAAGCUGUCCAAAGUGGAGAGGCAGCGCUUUAAGGAGGAGGCGGAGAUGCUGAAAGCUCUCCAGCACCCCAACAUCGUGCGUUUCUACGACUUCUGGGAAUCCCCAGUGAAAGGCAAGAAGUGUAUCGUCCUGGUAACCGAGCUCAUGACCUCAGGGACACUCAAAACGUACCUGAAGCGCUUCAAGGUGAUGAAGCCCAAGGUGCUGAGGAGCUGGUGUCGUCAGAUCCUGAAAGGUCUCCACUUCCUGCACACCAGGGCCCCGCCCAUCAUCCACCGCGACCUCAAGUGCGACAACAUCUUCAUCACCGGCCCCACCGGCUCCGUCAAGAUCGGAGACCUGGGAUUGGCCACGCUCAAGAGAGCGUCCUUCGCCAAGAGUGUCAUUGGUACCCCGGAGUUCAUGGCUCCAGAGAUGUACGAGGAGCACUAUGACGAGGCUGUGGACGUGUACGCCUUUGGGAUGUGCAUGCUGGAGAUGGCCACCUCAGAAUACCCCUACUCCGAGUGCCAGAACGCCGCCCAGAUCUACCGCAAAGUCACCAGCGGGGUGAAACCAGCCAGCUAUGGGAAAGUCAGCGACCCAGAGAUCAAGGAGAUCAUUGGGGAGUGUAUCUGCAACCGGUGGGAGGAGAGGUACUCCAUCAAGGAUCUCCUGAACCACGCCUUCUUCGCGGAGGACACGGGCGUGAGGGUGGAGCUGGCGGAGGAGGACGACGGGCAGAAGGCGUCCAUCGCCCUGAAGCUGUGGGUGGAGGACCCCAAGAAGCUGAAGGGGAAGUACAAGGACAGCGGAGCCAUCGAGUUCACCUUUGACCUGGAGAAGGAGACCCCGGAGGGCGUGGCCCAGGAAAUGGUGGAGUCAGGAUUCUUCCUGGACAGUGAUAUGAAAAUCAUAGGUAAAUCCAUACGGGACCGCGUGGCCCUCAUCAAGUGGAGGAGGGAGAGGACGGUCCCAGCAGCGGAUGGAGACGCAGUCGGGAAGAGCUCCAGGACGGAGCAGAACCUGCUGCAGGUUCCCACGGCAGGCCUGCCCAAGGCUGCUCCUCUGGGCCUGGUGGAGCCGGAGGAGCCGGAGGCUGACCAGUGCACCGUGAUCUGUCCUGUGCCCAUCCAUGCCUCCUCUGCCACGUCUGACAGUGGAGUAGACUCCACGGUGCUGCUGGAUUCUUUGAUAAGCCAGCACAGCGCCCCCUACCAGUCCCUGCCAGAGCCCAUCUCCAUGGUCCAGAUGGUCUACAGUCCCCCUGCACAGCCCCCCCCUGAGCUGCACCAGGGAGCCUACCCGCAGCCCACUGCACAACCCCCUCAAGACGACUACUCACAAGCUACAGCGUGCCUGCACCAGGGGGCCUACCAACAACCUACCGCGCAGCUGCACCAGGGGGCCUAUCAACAACCUACCGCGCAGCUGCACCAGGAGGCCUAUCAACAACCUACCGCGCAGCUGCACCAGGGGGCCUACCAGCCUCCACAGCAGCGCCACUCCAGUGAGCCCUUUCCCUCUCAGGAUGCCCCCCUCCUCCCAGACAGCAGGAUGUGUCUGGGUGCCAACCUGUGCAUGAGACGUGGCAGUACCUCACUCAUUGAGAUGUUGCGUUGUAGGGCCAACUCCCUCCCUAAGACUCUAGCUGCCCCCCACUCCUCUCUGGGUCCCCACCGGAACCGAGGGCUCCCCCCCGGGGUGUUGGACCUGGGCCAGAAAGCCCCCGAACACCCCGACCACCCCCACAUCCCCUCCGCACUGCCUCCACACCUCUCCUGCCAUCUUCAUCACCUUUGUCAUCAUCACCCCCACCCGUGGUCUUACUUUGACUCGGCCAAUCAGCUGCAUUCGGCCAUCCAGCUGCUGUCUCAGCAGCAGCAGCAGCAGCAGCACCCUCCAGAAGCCCGCCCCGCCCCCUCGUACCGGCUGGCCCCGCCCUCCCCGAUGAAAGCGAGGCCGCACGUCUCUUCGUCCACCUCCCCGGGGGCCCCGCCCCCCGGACACCCGUUGCCGCUGGCGUCGCCGAGGGCCGUGUGUGAAGACGGCGACCUGACCCUGCUGAACCACUGCCUCCACCACAUCGUCAGCGGGCGGAGCCGCUCCCUCACCCUACCCUUCUGCCCCGCCCACAGCCCAGCCGUUAGCCCCGCCCUCAGCCCCAACAUCAGCCCCCUCGUUAGCCCCACCCACAGACCGUCAAACCGCACCUUCUCAUUGGCUGAGCACACAGCCCCAACCCCCAACCAGGAAAUGACCCUGCUCGUACGGACUCAUGACAGCGAGGGCCGGCCGCCCAGUACAACGCAGGUCCAGCAGCAGUCCCAGAUAGCCUCUGCUCUUGCCACUCCAGGUCCUAGUGCCCACCACAUCAGAGCCAGCGUGCAGAGCUUCCCGGACAGGGCUCCCGCUGCACAAACACCUGAUCUGGAGUUCCUGCCUGCUGCCGGCCAGCCUCUGUCUCAGCAGUCCUCUGAUUUAUCUACCAGCUGUCAAUCAAGUUCUGGAGGCCCUCCCCAUCCACAGCCUCUGCAGAUAAACACACAGGUUGGUGCCCCCUUGGAGCCCCAGGGAGAAGCUCCUGUUGUGGCCGUGGUCCACUCUGCACCCCCUGUGGUCCAGGCUUCAUCCUGGAAGCUCGACGUGGAGCCAGCGAACACAGCAGACCGGACUGUCCCUCAGAGUCCAGUCCCGGCCUCCUUAGCCUCAAGCACAGCCCCAGCCUCAGCACCAGCCUCAUUUCCAACGUCAGCCCCAGCCCCAGGUCACCUUCCUGCUGUAGCUCCAGUAUUAGUCCCAAAAACCACUGUAGGCCCAGAUUCAACCCCAGCUGCGGCCCCAGAUUCAGUGUCAGCCUCAAUUCCAUCUUCAGUCCCAACCCCAAUGCCAGCCCCCGCCCCAGCUUCUAUCCCAGCGACAGACCCAAUUUCAGCCCCAGCCUCAGCCCCAGCCCCAGCCCCAGCCUCAGCCCCAGGUCAGCAAAACAUUGGCUUCCAGACAGCAGCUCAGGUACUGGGCUGUGCCAGCAUGGCCUCGACUCAGCAAAACUUGGACACUGCAAAUACAUCCUCCUCCUUUCAACCAGAACAGAGCCACGAGGAGCUGCCUCAGGACAGGCCCACGGCCCUGCCCAGCUACGCCUACGACAGUUUCAGCUCAGACGUGGCAUCAGGGAAGGAGACGAGCGAUGGGUAUGACAGUUUUGCGAGUGUGGGGAAAGGCGAGGGGAAACACAGGAAACAUCACCGCAAGUCGUCCCGCACACGCUCACGCCAGGAGAAGGCCAGCAAGCCCAAACUGAGCAUGCUCAAUGUAUGCAACACUGGGGACAAGAUGGUGGAGUGUCAUCUGGAGACUCACAACCACAAAAUGGUGACCUUCAAGUUCGACUUGGACGGAGACGCUCCUGAGGAGAUCGCCACCUACAUGGUGGAGAAUGGCUUCAUCCUCCACAUCGAGAAGGAGAUCUUCAUAGACCAGUUAAAGGACAUUGUGGACAAGGCUGAAGACAUGCUGAAUGAGGACGGGGAGGGGGAGGCGAGCACAGCCCUGGGGGACAGUCCCCAGCUGGGGCACAUCUCUGGGGGGUCACGAAGAGAGAGUCUAACACCUGGAUCCUCUCAGCCUGUCUACCAGCAGAAUGUCCUUCACACAGGGAAGAGGUGGUUCAUCAUCUGUCCCGUAGAGGAGAACACCACUUUAAGUCUGGAGACCUCUGACAGGACUACAAAAGCACAGGCCAACGGAACUACAACCGCACAGUCCCCUGGGAGUGCAGCCCCGGGCCAGCUUGCUGACAGUGGCGCUGCGUGUCCUGCAGCAACCAAAGGAGGUGAGAGGUCAAGGGGCGAGUCUUCAUCGACUGUGUCCGGGGGCAGCGGGGGUUAUGGCUACGACGUCUAUAGCCUCUGCAGCCCCCCGAUCAUGUCCAACCUAGACCCCCUCUUCCUGGCCUCGUUGUCCCCCGCCCCCCCCUCCGAGAGGGCCUCUGGCGGCCCGGCCCAGCCCAGGACACAGCCUUCCCAGCAGCCCACAGCUCCGUCAGAACCCCACUCCCUCCGGAGCUCCCUGUCAUCCGAGGACCCCCCAGGGGGGCGCCCGGGGGCCGUCUCCCCGCCCCCGGCCCCCCCCACCGCCCGCCACAUGGCCGAGAUGACGAGCGUGGUGGAGGACGUGCCCUGCUGCCCGCUGGCCAUGCCUCUUUCCCUCGAUGUGAGCGGAGGUGCCCCGGCUGGGUCCCCCUUCACCCCCCUGCCCCCCCAGGACACCUCCGUGCCCCGCGAUGCCGCCCUCCUCCUACCCCCCCCCGGCGACCGUGCCCAGCAGACCCCCGUGGUGCUUCAGCAGCCCUUCGCCAGUGUGGGCGGAGCCAAGGCACCCUCCCUACCCCAGAGCCCCGCCCCCUCGCAGCCAGGGGCAGGGCCUGGGGAGUCUGACGGGGAGGGGAGGGUGGGGCGGGGCAGCUUUGUGGACAGCACCAUAAAGACCCUGGAUGAGAAGCUGAGGAACCUGCUGUACCAGGAGUACGCCCCCAUGUACCCCUCGGGCAGCGCCGCAGAUACCCCCGGCUCUGGGACGGAGUACGUCCAGUCCCCCCCUGGGCCCGAGAGCGCUGCUGGGGGGUCGGGGAACAGCACCCCCGGACCCAUGGGGGAGGGACGCUAUCGUACAGGGGAACAACUGCCCCAGAUCCCAGAAAGGAUGGACAGUUUGAGCACGCUCAGUGAUUCAGCUGUGAGUGCUUCCAUGUCGAGAAACGUUGUGCCCCACUCUGUGUCCUGCACAGGAACCAGGGGCAGGUUCAAGGUGGUGUCAGGCCAGGUGGACGUGGUCAGCAGAGGAGAGCUAAAGAUGAGGAGCUGGACCAUCGCUGCCUCUCCGGCCCCCCCCGGUGGCCACGCCUCAGACUACACCCCCGGCCCGGUCGAGGCCACGCCCUCCUGCACCACCAUCGGCCGCUUCGCCGUGGUCAGCGCCGAGGACGACGUCGCCCUCCGCCAGCGAAACAGCCGCUACUCCGCCCCGCCCGACUUCUACCUGGACACGCCCCCUUCCCUGGCCAAGCGCGGCUCCCUGCCGCGGGCCCACACGUCCGGGUCAGUCCCCGUGGACGUCACCGUGCACGCCCACGCUCGCUUCCUGUCGUCCGACUCGGGGGCGGAGAGCAGCCCCGCCAAGAUGGCCCCGGCCACGCCCUCCCGCCACGCCCGCUCGGAGCGCAGGGGGAGCGACCUGAUGAAGAGGGCGGUGGCCUUCCUGCGGCGCUCGGGGCGGAGCAGCAGCGUGCAGAGCUCCGAUUCGCCGAGCCGGGGCGGAGGCGUGCAGGGCUCGGUCUGCGGGAGCAGCGAUAACGACUCGGAGGUGGAAGACUCGGACAUGAAGAGAGAACUGCACAGACUGCGGGAGAAACACCUGAAAGAGAUUUCAGAGCUGCAGGCCAAUCAGAGAGACGAGAUCGAGCUGCUGUACCAGCGCCUGGGUAAAGCCCCUCCCCUGGGCCUUGGCCUGUCUCACACAGCGCCCCCUACAGGCAGGAGGAAGAGGCCCAGCAAGCACAAGCUGAAGGCUGGCAAGCUGCUCAGCCCUCUGGUGCAGCAGUUCAGGAACGCCAAGUCCAAGAGCAACGAUGCCAGCAAGACCAACGAAGCCACCACAGUGAGCUUGAACGGUUCCCCGGCCAGAGCGCCGGUCCUGGAGGGCAGCUGCUCGGUAUCGGCCCAGCCUCCACCCUACACCCCUCAGCCUCCAACCUCCACCCCCCAGCCUCCACCCUCCACCCCCCAGCCUGUCCAGACCCAGCAGCCCUGCUCCCUCAAGGGCUCCCUCUCCUCAGACAACAUCUACGCAGGGCUGCAGGGAGAGGGCACUGGUCCGCACGGCCCUCCCGUCCAAGGGACCACCCUGAAGAGGCUUUGCCUGGGCAAAGAGCGUGGCAGUCGUUCUGGGGCAGGACCCGGUGCGUCCAACCUGCCCCCGCAGCAGCAGACAGCGAGCUCAACCCCCCCUCCUCACACAGUAGGGGGACUGGCACAAGCCCAGGCCAACAACAGCAACAACAAGACAGGCACCUACCCGGGCGCCUACCUGGAUCCCAGAGGGGGGUCCAUGACAGAGGACCUCCACCGCCUGGUGGACGACUGGGCCCUGGAGGUGCUGGCGGCCAGCCGGCGGCCCCGGCUCGGCUCCCUGGGCCUGCGCAGGCAGGAGCGCUGGGAUGAGGGCGGCGCACGCCACCAGGAGCCGUCUAGCGAGCGUUCCCGCCGCACCGACCAGCAUGGCUCGGGGCCGUUCAGGCCCCCAGCUCCCCCUCUCCUGGCCCAUGAUUGACAGGCACCCGUCGGCGCUGUUGGGCGGCCCCUCAGCAGGCUUCGCUACGGGCUGUGCCAGGCCGGAACCUGGGCCUCCGGAGGGGCUUCUUCCCACGCCCCACUGGCCCGGCCUGCUCUCCCCCCUCUCCUCAGGGGUCUUCACCUUCCCUGCCAUGCCCCCUGCCUGGGGGGCACCUGCUCCCCCUUACGAGCCCCCGGACCCCAAAACCAGGACCAUCUGACCCACCCCUCGUCCAGCCCCGCACCCCUCAAACAGCCCUUAUUUCAACCACAUUACCCCCCAAAAAAGGAGCCCUUCUAUAGCCCUUCUUCCUCCCGGCUGUAUACAGUGCGCUAAUGAGAAACAUAUUUAACCUGCAGCAUGUUUGUACAUAGGAUGCCUAUGUAUAUACUCUAGUAUAAGUUGUUUAGGGCCUUAUGUUACAUGAACCGUCGACAAACCUCAUGUCACAAGCCACGUGUACAUAACAUAUUUAGCAGUGUGAAAGCGCUUUGCGGUGUGUGAUGACUCAGCUGUGCAGUAUAUCUCGCAGCAAGUUUGAGAGUGCGACGUCCAUUCUCUUGGUUUGUGCACACUUAUCUUUCUAUGAACCAAGCUGUUUCUACAUGCUUCAUUCAUACAGCAGGCUUGCUUGCAGCAAAGCCCUUUACGUUUGCGUUUCCAUCAACCUGUAUGAUUACACCCGUCCCUCAUGCAGGUGUAUAAACCCAAGCUGUGUCCACCCAAGCCUGGUUUGUUAGGACAGUGCAGAUGCUCGUACAGUACAGGCACUGGAGGUCAAUUGUGCCAAUUGUUCUCAAGUCCCCCAAAACGCAGAAGCAAAAGCAGCUAGCUAACCAGCGGCCAUCACAACGUCUCUGUGUGGUCCUGUCAACAUGGCUGUUCCAGCUACCUGCUUCACCCCCCCCCCCCUCCCUGUCAACAUGGCUGCUCCAGCUACCUGCUUCACCCCCUCCCUCCCUGUCAACAUGGCUGCUCCUGCUUCCUGCUUCACCCCCCCCUCCCUGUCAACAUGGCUGUUCCAGCUACCUGCUUCACCCCCCCCCCUCCCUGUCAACAUGGCUGUUCCAGCUACCUGCUUCACCCCGCCCCCCCCUCCCUGUCAACAUGGCUGCUCCAGCUACCUGCUUCACCCCCCCCCCCCUCCCUGUCAACAUGGCUGCUCCAGCUACCUGCUUCACCCCCGCCCCCCCUCCCUGUCAACAUGGCUGCUCCAGCUACCUGCUUCACCCCGCGCCCCCCCUCCCUGUCAACAUGGCUGCUCCAGCUACCUGCUUCACCCCCCUCCCUCCCUGUCAACAUGGCUGCUCCAGCUACCUGCUUCACCCCCUCCCUCCCUGUCAACAUGGCUGCUCCUGCUACCUGCUUCACCCCCCCCCUCCCUGUCAACAUGGCUGCUCCAGCUACCUGCUUCACCCCCUCCCUGUCAACAUGGCUGCUCCAGCUGCCUGCUUCACCCCCUCCCUGUCAACAUGGCUGCUCCAGCUACCUGCUUCACCCCCCCCCCUCCCUGUCAACAUGGCUGCUCCAGCUACCUGCUUCACCCCCUCCCUGUCAACAUGGCUGCUCCAGCUACCUGCUUCACCCCCCUCCCUUCGUUCCUGCCCGUUGACAAAAUGCUUUCUGACACUAGCGCUCGACAUAUUCCGAAGAAAACACAUGGGGGAACUUGAACUUAAUCUUCGGGUUAUAGAACCUGAGGGGAGUGCCUUUAAACAGUAGUCUCAGUUCAUUCCGAACACGCAAUGAAAUUAUUUUGAAUACAGGGCCGUGGUCUUUAUUGACAAGAAUGUGGUCACUCCUUUGAAUGUUGAAUGUAGGAAGAAAGCCAGCCUCUUAAUCUCUUUGGUAGCUGAUGUUUAGAGCACUCUAUGGCCCUUAUAGUUGAUAAAUACUUACUGGUUUGUUAAGUGGUAUCCAAAGUUAAAGUGUGAGUCUCAGUAAGGUAUUGUACUGGGAGGAUCACAUGCACAGUAGUGCAUUGUAGCAACUAAAGAAAGCUUGAAGGUGUGGCUCCAUGGUUUAGUUUCAUUUUCAAUAUCACAUUGUUCACUGCCUGCUUAAAGCAACAGUUUUUCCAAACCACCCACCAGACAAGCUGUGCGUACUAUUAUAGCCUCAAACACGUGACUCGGGUGUUAGUGUUGGACAAGCAGAGAGGUUACCUGAGAACAUGAGGUCUUGAACCUUUCUAGUGAAAAUGAUUGACAGCAUUAAAAUCAUACAAUACAUCAGAUCAGGAACCUAGAAUCAAAAGGGUUCCAAACGAAACCUUAUUUAUCUCCUCAAGUGGCUCUUUGGAACCCUAAACGGUUAUAUGUGAAGGUUUUCGUGAUACACUUUGGUCUAUUUUAAUAUAGGCUCAAUUUAUUGUCAACAGUCCACCUGUUUGUCGGUGGAGCUAUUAAGAAUGGGAUGGGAUUUUGGGAUGCUUUGUGUAGAAUUGAACGCAUGUGACUUAAACAGAAGGCUCUUGAACGCACGUUGGCAUAUAAGGGACUAUUAAAUCGCCACGGUAUGGACAAUUUUAACAGUAUAAACUACUUGACACUCCUUAGAGUAAAACGUCACAUGGAAUGAGAUAUGAUUUAGGGUCAGAGCGUCAUUGAUUAAUGAUUACUGUGCAAGAAUGAGAUCUGAUCUGAGGUCAGCUGCAAUCUGCAGUAGAACACAAUCACACGGUCACUCGAGAGGUGUUGUCGCGACAACGGAGAAUGGGUGUGUGAUCUUGGCAUCAUCUUCAGACUGCAGUGAAUCCUCUUUCCUCCAAUCACAGCAGCGCUUUCGUGUUUCGGGGGGAAAAGGUCACUGAAGGUCAAUGUAGAAGAAUCCAGCUGGGAACAGCCUAACUUCUAAAGCCUGGAACUGUUUGUUAGGCAAAGCUAGCGUUGGAGCGACGGAUGGUACAAUGUCAGUUGACUGUAAUAUACAGCUGUGUGAAGCUGGACUGACUCUCCAUAUAUGUGCUGUCUAGACUCGGGUUCUGCCUUUCAAAGUCUACCAUUCAUGCUUCUCACUGUUGCUACUUGCUCAUUACUGCACAGCGUUUCUUCAGUUCACUUGAGAUUUACGUCUUCGAGGUGACACAGCA